CAUGUUGCCAGUUAGAAGGUAUUCUCGUUAAAGUGUCCACGUUGCUUUACCGCAAGUUUUACCAGUUGUUCAUUUCAGUUGAAAAACGCAGGAUUUUUUUCUUUGUAGCAUUUUAAAUCCAUAUAAUUAAAUUUAUGAUAACAAAAUUAAUAAAGUUUGUCGUGAUUUAACAUACAAGUAUACAAAUUUGGAUCGGCACACGACCAAACUGCGUCGCGAGUUCCACGAAUUCUAAUAAAUAAAAAGUCUUAUUGUCUCCUGUAAAAAGGAGGUAAUAAAGUUGUGAAUCUUAACCACCAUUACUUUUGUAAGCACAAAAGCGAAUUCUAAAACUAAGCCAUCAUGUUCUACUGCAUUAAAAACUGUGUUGUCUUCAUGUCUUGUCGAGAAAACCGGCACCCCAAACGUGAACAAUCAAUUGCUCCAGUUUUCACAAUCCCAAUCAGCUUUAGCAACCAGUUCAUGUUCAGUAGUGCUCGAUGCACCCAUCAAAAUGGAGGGCUUAGUGGAUGAAUUUUUCAAUAUGUGCGCUAAUGAAGAUAAAUGCGAAAGACGAGCACCUGGGAAUAUAAACUUAAACAACACCAACAACAUAACUAUGUUUAGGGAAGACGAGCCGUUUUUAGACCUGUUUCAUUUGGAAGCAACUUCAAUGUUGCCCCCGUUUGUAACAUCUCAAGAUAUAUUUAACAUAGAAGAUGAUUUUUGUGCAACUUCUGAUUUAGAAAUAAAACCUGACAUUACUCUAAAUAAUACAGAAUUCAAAGAACCAAUAUCAAAAAGAAAAAAUUCACAAUUACGUUUAGAUGUAGGACUGCAAUCUGUUCAAUCAACUAGCCUUGGAGAUAUUCUUAAUACACCAGAAGUUGUUAAAACUCUUACAGAACAAGAAUCUAAUUUCAAUCUUUUGUCUUAUGUUUUUGAAGAUAAAAAGUCCGACCAUAUUACUGAAGCAUCAACCCCCAAAAAUUCUAAUGUAGAUUCACCAUCCUUUCAAUACACCCGCAAAAGACGCAGUAGUAAUUCAUCAGCAUCUAUACAAACCGAUGAUGAUGAUUAUCCUAAACACAAAAGACUAAAUGAAGAUAAUUCAUCUGAUGACAAGUAUAGACAACUUAGAGAUCGUAAUAAUGAAGCUUCUCGUAAAUCAAGAGCUACUAGAAAGGCUAGAGAAAAUGAAUUGAACAAAAGUGCUAGCCAAAUGGAAGCUAUUAACAGAAAACUUACUGCUAAAGCUGAAGAGCUUGAAAAUAUGGUCAUCACAAUGAGGCAAGCAUUACUGCAAAUUAUGACAAAAAAAAAAGAUAAUAAUGUAUAAUAACUAUUACAAAUAGGCUCGCAAUAAUAAAAUUGAAAAAUUUAAGUGCUAAUUUUAUUAUAUCAAUUAAAAGUUAUUUUUAAUUUAGUUACCUAGUUGGUGAGUGUAUAAUCUUUUUAAUUAAUGUAUUAUUAACAGUUAAGUGUAAUGAAAUCUUUUCAAUUUAAACAUAACAUUAUGAUUGUACUUAAUUUUAUUAUUUUAAAAUAGUAUUAUUCUUUUAAACUAAAAUAUCCAAUACUAUUUGAGAUUUUAUUUUUAACAUGAAUAAAAAUAUUGCUUAGAAGAUAGUAUUUGUUCUAAA